AGAGAGAGAGAGAGAGAGAGAGAGAGGAACCUGUUGGUAACACAAAAUCUAACAGAGAUCUGAGAUUAGUGGCAUUCCCCCCUCCUUGUUCCUCCCUACCUGCUGAGAGAGAAACAACUUGGAACUAUUUUCAGUCAACUGAUGACAGCGACCCAAUUGCUAUCAUGGAGUUUUUAAAAAACUGUUGCAAGAACCUCUCUAAGAGGAACACGAAUGAACAGGAGACUCAAGGUAAGUGAUCAAAAUGAAGGUGGCUCCAAAGGAGUUAACAGCCACGGGAGAACUGCUGAAUGACAGCAAUAAGAACCAGUUAACCCAAGAUUACCUUAUAUCCAAGCAGCCUCCUGGUGGCAAAGAGGUCCCGUUUGUCGUGCCUACCUUCAAGGCCACUUACGUUCAACCCCCAAACCGCAAGUUCUCCAAUCAACAGCCAGGACUGCAGAGUUCAGCCAGGUCAACUUUUACAGCGAGGAAAGCAGACCUGUUGGGCACCAGUUUCUUCCCUUACAACUCGGAGUCCAUCUUUCAUCAGGGAAACAUGCUGGCAUACAUUUCCCCCGGUUCGACCCGAAGACAACAGCAAAGAAACCUCCCCCAGAGCACAGGUCAGAUCAACCAGCAGAGACGAAGCAGCUCCACUCUUGAUCUGAAUGCCCCUCAGGGUCGAACUCAGCGGAUUGACUCCCUGUGCAGCACCAUCAGCAGCACCUCCAUGGAAAGGAGUCUGGAAUCUAUAGCUUUGUCGGGGGAUGAGCAAGAACUGGGGAAGGUCUGUGUCCGGCUAAGAUAUCAGCAGGAUGUGGAGCAGGUGUGGAUCACCCUGGUUCAGUGUUCAGACCUCUGCGUUCGUCCAGAUGAAGAACAGAAGAUUGGCUUCAAAGCAAUCAUCACUGUCCCCAAACCAAUACACUUCAAGACCUCUCUUAAAGAGUAUCAUCAGGAUGUCACCAUCAUGGAAACGUUUGUGUUUGCGUUGCGUCUGCAGCAGCUCCAACGCAGCGCCUUGGUUCUGCAGCUUCAAACCAACAACCCCAGGAAACGUACUGUGGCCGAGUGUGUCCUCUCCCUGCAGCAGCUGAGUGCUGAGGAGACAGAACACUGGCUGGACCUCAAACAGCCCUCCAAAUCCUCAGUGUGUAAUUCUGAGCUCCAUAUCAGUACCCUCUUUCAGCCAGUCAGUGGUCGCAUCCAGCUUAAGGUCCUUGAAGCUAAAAACCUCCCACCCUCAUCCUCUCCUCUCCCCCAGGUUUUUUUUGUCAAAGUUGAGAUGCAGCAGUUAGGACAAGGGGCUAUUAAGAAGAAGACUCAAGCGCUAAAAGCAUCAAGCGGAAAGUGUCGGUGGGAUGAGACAUUUCCUUUCCUGUUGGCGUCCCUGGAGCACGCCUGCUUGCUUUCACUCAGACUCUACAGCUGCAAUUCUGUCAGGAGGAAACAGUGUCUUGGACAGGUUCAGCUGGGCUUUGACAGUCCUCUCCCAGCAGCUGUAGAGCAGUGGAAGGAGACGAUGGCUCACCCAGAGAAAGUGGUGACAGCGUGGCAUCGGCUGAGUCCUACAUAAACCUGCUUCCUGGACUAAUGCAACUGGUUUUAAAAACAGCUGUUGGCGGUUACUUUUCCACUGGACCAGCCCCACUCCUCUCAGAGAGACAAUGUUUAUGGACCAGGUCGCACACUGCAGUCAAUGCCCGAUGUUACAGUGUAAACAGAGGUUUAGUGUAUAGAUGCUGAAGAUCAAAAAGGAGAGGCAUUUUUUAUGGGAGAAAUAAGUCGACCACUUUCUACAUUAGGUCACUUUUUAGUUCACUUCACUGCUUCUUUUUUGUUCGAUCUGUGUUCGCUAGUGGAACGACUCCUCAGUUCCUGAGCUAUAAGAUUUAGAUGAUGCAGAUCUGUACUUUUACUGCUGCUUAAAAUGGUUCUGUUUAAGAUAUGUUGAGCAUAUUCUACUUGCUGUGGAUCAUUGUCUCCUUUUGAUUGAUUUAUAAAGUUUAGAUCUAUCAAUUUGGAGAAUUCUGAAAGAGUUGUGGUGGGAGAGCCGAGCUAAAUAAAGCUCAGACUGUGACGAAAAUGGAGCAACUAUUUACAGGGCUGAAUAUCAGAAACGGCAAAAGACAAUAAAAGGUGCACUUUACUUUAACUUGA